UCACUACACAUACACUCGAGAACACAUUGUGCGAUCCGACUUGCAAAAGCUUCAUUACUCGUCGAGCCUCUCGAGUUGUAUCAAGCUUACACAAAGAGUUUGUUACUGUGUAUUUUUUUUAGUACACCUAAGAUUCAUUAUUACAUGAAUAAUUUUUUAUUUUAACAAAGAUUUUUAAAUAAUAAACAUCCUCGAAUUUUAUUAUAUUUAUAACUGUUCAGUUACAUGUUUAUAUUCAUUUAAAAUGAAUACUAGUUCUGUACCACUGUCUCCACCUGCUUCACCACAACUUAAAUAUAUUCAUUUGGAACCUUUGCAGUCAUCAUUUAGCGUAGCAGCGCUAUUGGGUAAUAAAUUAGUAGAAAAAGAGUGUUUGAAGCCAAACUUGAAAAGACACAACGAUGUUGAUGAUAAUCUUCCGCCCACGCCUCAACCAUCCGAUACUGAAGAGGAUGAACAACCUUCAAACAAACGUACUAAAGUUGAUCAAUCUCAAUGUGAAUUAGCAAAGUUAUUAUUGGAUAGAACGCCUCCAUUGAGUCCAGAAUCCACUCGUGUUUCUGUUAUAAUGCGCGCAAAUAAAGAUGGUACCUGUAGUCCUGCAAAUUUAACUUACACCGAAAAAUUAGUAAACCCUAAGAAACCAACUAAUGGACCAGAAACAGAGAAUAUAUUAAAAAGCAUAAAAUACAAAAUGAGUCUUCGUAAAGAAGAGAUAAUAGUUAAUAAUAAAAAUACCGAUCGUGAGAUUCAGAAUCAAAAAUUACAACCACUAGCACCUAAACCAGCUCCAAUCACAAUGGUUACUGGUCUUCUUGGCACACCUCUAGUACUACCAUCAACACCUCUAACAGUUUUCGUGACUUCGCCACCAAUAGCUUCAAAUGCCUGUUCGACAGUAAAUAACUUAGGAAUACGUCGUAGAGUUUAUGAAUGUGAGCAUCCGGGUUGUGGAAAGAAUUAUUUUAAAUCUUCACAUUUAAAAGCUCACAAAAGGACACAUACGGGAGAAAGACCAUUCCCAUGUCCCUAUGAUGAUUGCGGAAGAAGGUUUUCCCGGAGUGAUGAACUUUCGCGACAUAAAAGAACACAUACUGGUGAAAAAAAAUUUGUCUGUUCUGUAUGUCAAAGGAGAUUUAUGCGCAGCGAUCAUUUAGCAAAACAUGUAAAACGUCACGCACGAGAUAGGAGUAAUGCAUCAACAUCUAGCGUAGUUAAUCAUCAAUCUCAAAUCACAUCGACAACGCCGCUACGAGUUAAUUUUCUUCCCGUACUUGCACCAAAAAUGGAAAAUUUAAAAACUUUUACAUCUUAAGUUGGAAUCAAAGAAGUUAUUAUAAUGGCAAUUCUUUCAUGUACGGUAUUACAUUGUAUAAAAUUUAUUUCUAACAAUUUUUUACAUAAGUUUUUAUAUUAUUUUUUAAUAUGUCUAAUAAACUUUAAAUAGCUCCAAAAUUGUUAGAUUUUAAAGAAAAUUCGCUAUAAGUCAACAUAAAGGAAACUCUGUGCAUGAAAGAGUUGAAAGCCAAUAUUGACAUUGUUCUUCUAGUCGAGGAAUAUUUAAUUUAUAAGUAAUUAUUUAGAAAUAAUUUUCCAUAUAAUUUUACAGAGUAACUAUUAGUACUUAACAUAAUGUUUAAUUUAAUAUAACAUAACAAGUGUGUCUGUGAUCUAUGUGUUAAGCUCCAAGAUGAUAAAACCCAGAGAAACUGAAGAACUUAAGUAUUUAUUUAGAAAUAUGACGGGUAAAAUAAAAAUUCCUUUUUUUUUUUUACUUUAACAACAGUAUCAACGUACAAGCUUAUGUAUGCAAACAAAACUAUAAAUUAUCAAAAUAACUAUGCAUCUAUUAUUAAUACGUUCAGAGGGAAUAUUAAUAUAUAAUUAAAUUACAGGCAAAUAGAAAAAUCCAAUCCCUCCAAUUACUAAAGACUUAUAGUGAAAUUUUUGUACAUAAUAUGUAAUAUAAUCUUAUAUACUUUCGUAAAA